AUGGAAGAGCAAACUGCUUUAGUGGGGAAUUUAGGGAUUUUGGAUACAAUUAGCGACGAUUCUUUCCAUGAAAUUGCUGAACGCUAUGCCGGAUUUUGUGCCGCAUGUUCCGGUCUUCUUAACGGAAAUGGUGACCUUUCACUGGGACCGCGGCUUGUGUCUCAUAUUCACUCUCUUUGCAAGCAUGGUCUUCAAUCUCUGGUCCUUGAUCACUUUUUUAAGUCAUUAGAGGAAACUUUUAAGAAGAAUGGGAGUUCAAAAUUUUGGCAGCACUUUGAUGGUUAUAGCAAUUUAGCUGCUUUUGAGAAAAGUAAAAGUAGUCCUGAUUUUGGCCAUGAGCUGGAGCAACUUUUGUGUAGAGCCCUUGAAGAGAUAUCGUUGGAGAAACGGCAUCAGGAGAAGUGUCUUUUAAUGUUAGUUCAUGCUUUGCAAUGUUACAAGGAAGGUUUACUUGGACGAAAAUGUAAUUCAGAUGAGGAAAGAUCGUACGCUUUUUCAAGAUAUCAGCUGAUGGUAUCCUCAAUUCUUAUGAACAGUCUUCCUCGACAUUUUCCUGAAAUACUACACUGGUAUUUUAAGGGAAGGCUGGAGGAGCUAAGCACAAUUGUGGAUGGAGAGGUCAAUGGUGAUGAUGAUGAUUCUGAAGAUAAAGAUGACAUGGAUUUAGAUGAAAGAAGCAAACUAUCCCUUAGAAAUGCUGAAAUGGAUAUUGAUGAAUGCUACCUCCAAGGUAAAUUCACUGAGAAUAACAAGUUGGUGAAGAACAUUGGCAAGGUUGUUCGUGACCUCAGAAGUCUUGGAUUUACUUCUAUGACUGAAGAUGCUUAUGCUUCUGCCAUCUUUUUGCUUCUAAAGGCAAAAGUGCAUGAUCUGGCUGGCGAUGAUUACAGGGCUUCUGUUUUGGAGCCCAUUAAAGGGUGGAUACAGGCCGUGCCUCUUCAAUUUUUGCAUGCACUUCUUGCUUUUCUUGGCGAUUCUGUUAGCAGUAUUAGCCCUUCACAUAGCCUUAAAUCACCUUUGGCUUCUCAUCCAUCAUCAUGUCAUCCUGGAACUAAAAGACCUUCUGAAGGACUUGUUAGAUGGCAGUUGCGGCUAGAGUAUUUUGCUUAUGAAACAUUGCAAGAUUUGAGAAUAGCCAAGCUGUUUGAGAUUAUUGUGGACUAUCCUGACAGCUCCCCGGCAAUUGAGGACUUAAAACAGUGCCUGGAAUAUACUGGACAACAUUCAAAGCUGGUUGAGUCUUUCAUUUCUGCCCUGAAAUACCGCUUGCUGACUGCAGGUGCCUCAACAAAUGACAUAUUGCAUCAGUAUGUUUCUACUAUAAAGGCACUGCGUACAAUUGAUCCUGCUGGGGUCUUUCUUGAAGCAGUUGGGGAACCAAUAAGAGACUAUUUAAGGGGUAGGAAAGAUACCAUAAAAUGCAUUGUGACCAUGCUUACAGAUGGGAAUGGGGGAAAUCCAAAUGGCUCUGGAAUUACUGGGGAUAGCCUUCUUGAAGAAUUAAACAGGGAUGAAGAAAGCCAAGAAAAUGCUGGUGCUUAUGAUGAUUUCCAUACUGAUGACAAGCAAGCAUGGAUCAAUGCUGUACGCUGGGAGCCUGAUCCUGUGGAGGCUGACCCAUCAAAGGGCAGCAGGAAUCAAAGGAAGGUUGACAUAUUGGGAAUGAUUGUUAGCAUACUUGGUUCAAAAGAUCAACUUGUUAAUGAAUACCGUGUGAUGCUUGCUGAAAAGCUUAUCAACAAAUCUGAUUAUGACAUUGACUCAGAAAUACGUACUUUAGAGCUUCUCAAGAUAAAUUUUGGAGAGAGCAGUAUGCAAAAGUGUGAAAUUAUGCUUAAUGAUUUGAUUGAUUCUAAGAGAACAAGCCACAAUAUUAAGGCAAGAAUGCAGUCAUCUCAAACAGGUUCAGAGGAAAAAGAACUCGAACUAUCUUUGGAUAUUCUUAAUGCUACAAUUAUAUCUACAAACUUUUGGCCUCCAAUCCAGGAGGAGGGACUUAAUGUACCUGAUCCUGUUGAAAAGUUGCUCGAUGAAUAUGCAAAAAGGUUUCAUCAAAUCAAGACUCCUCGUAAGUUACUUUGGAAGAAAAACCUUGGCACAGUAAAGUUGGAAUUGCAAUUUGAAGAUAGGGAAAUGCAGUUCACUGUAACCCCUGUACAUGCUGCAAUUAUCAUGCAAUUUCAAGAUCAAACGAGUUGGACCUCUUGUAAGCUUGCAGCUGCUAUUGGGGUGCCACUGGAUGCGCUGAAUAGAAGAAUAAGUUUCUGGACAAGCAAGGGCAUUCUUGCAGAGUCACCUGGGGCAAACGCUAAUGAUCAUGUAUUUACGCUAGUGGAAGGUAUGGCUGAUGUUACUAAGAAUGGUGAUAGUUGUGAGAAGCUGCUUGUAGGUGAUGAGGAGGGAGAGAGAUCUGUAGCCUCAGUUGAGGACCAAAUACGCAAAGAAAUGACUGUAUACGAGAAAUUUAUAAUGGGGAUGCUCACAAAUUUCGGCAGCAUGGCAUUGGAUCGAAUUCACAACACACUCAAGAUGUUCUGUGUAGCUGAUCCUCCUUAUGACAAGUCACUCCAGCAGCUGCAAAGCUUUUUAUCAGGUUUAGUUUCUGAAGAGAAGUUAGAACUAAGAGACGGGAUGUACCUUUUGAAGAAGUAAGAAAUCAAUAUGAUUAAAAUGCCUCCUUCCACUCCACAACAAGGACAAUACAGAUCUACUUUCCGGAAGGAGCAUUUUCAGCAAUCCAAGCAAACUAAAUGUAGCUCUGUGAUGAUGGUGAUCUUGUCAGCAAGAGUCGACUUUUAAACUUCAGCAAUUCUGACUGAAGUUGUGGCUUCUGACUAACGUUCUCUUCAUGUUAUGCAAAGCGCUACUGUCCUGUGGGGUGGAAGCUUUUCAUUGGUUGCAUACUACUGGAAAGCAGGUGUCCUGCUACAGAAGAUUGCUUUAACAUUGUCUCAGCACAAGAUUUUACUUGUUUCUUUACAGAUUAAUGGAUCCAGUGUUCAGACAAGUUAAGAAAGAUUUUGUCUUUGUUUACUUGCCUUAUUAAUAUUUUUCAUGUAUCUGUAAAUCAGUUUUAUCCA